UUUCAAACAAGGAAGAAGAAAAAAAACUAAGAAAAACCUCUAGAAAUUAAAUAUGAAAUAUUGUAUUAAUGCCCUCCAACUUACAAGAUGGAUAAUGUUUCUAGAAGCUUUUGCAGCCAUCCUCGCCGCAUCGCCGCUGAUUCCAACAGAGAAGUCGCAACUAGACGAGUGGUAUUGGGAGAAUGUGAAGGCAUUUGGCAAUCGUAAUAAGGCGAAGCUUGAUCCAGAGUUGGUGGUUGCAGAAGAAAGUGCCACCGUGAUUAAGGUAAGGGGUGAUGGAAGUGGAGAUUUCAAGACAAUUGCUGAAGCCAUUGAAAGCGUGCCAAUUGGCAACACAAAACGUAUAGUGAUUUGGAUAGGAGGAGGAGUUUAUAAAGAGAAGCUUAAGAUCGAUAGAAAUAAGCCUUUCGUUACUCUUUAUGGAUCUCCUAAUAAUAUGCCUAAUUUGACCUUUGAUGGUGAUGCUAGCAAAUACGGCACAGUUUAUAGUGCUACCUUGAUUGUUGAAGCUGAUUAUUUCACUGCAGCUAAUCUAGUCAUUGAGAAUUCAUCGCCAAGGCCAGAUGGGGUAAGAAAAGGAGCACAAGCAUUAGCAGCAAGAAUCAGGGGAAAUAAAGCUGCAAUUUAUAAUUGCAAAUUUAUUGGAUUUCAAGAUACCCUUUGUGACGACGACGGUUUACAUCUCUACAAAGAUUGCUUCAUUCAAGGCACCGUUGAUUUCAUUUUUGGAAAAGGAACUUCCCUUUAUUUGAACACUCAGCUAGAUGUGGUGGGCAAUGGAGGAUUAGGAGUGAUAGCAGCCCAUUCAAGAGACCAAGAAUCUGACGGCAGUGGAUAUUCAUUUGUGCAUUGUAGCAUUACAGGAACUGGCGGAAGAAACACGUAUUUGGGAAGAGCUUGGAGGCCAAGAUCUAGAGUUGUUUUUGCCUACACUACAAUGGCUGAUAUUAUUCAUCUCGAAGGCUGGAACGACAUGAAUCAUUUUGGUUAUGACAAAACGGUUUUGUUUGGAGAAUACAAGUGUUGGGGGCCAGGAUCGAAGUCAAGCGAGCGUGUAAAAUACAGCAAGCAGUUGAGUUAUGAAGAAGUGGAGCCAUUUGUAAGUCUUGGAUACGUGCAGAGUGAGAAGUGGCUACUUCCUCCUCCCAAUCCUGAAAUUUAGAAAUUUAGAUAUGUUUUUAAUUGGCAACGUGAGCUUAUGUUAUAUCUUUAUACUGUUUAUCUACUUGUACGUUUGAUUGGCUAUUUAUAUGCCAAUUUUAUUAACAAGUUAUUUACUCA